AUGAAUUUUUUACUUUAAAGAGAAGUUGAAGCUCUAGGAAGUCUGGGUAUUAAUUUAUCAAAAUUAUGGAGUAUUGAAAAGUAUGAAAAGAUGAUGAAGUAGAUAAAAUUAAAUAAAUUAGUAGAAACUCCAUAAAUGAUGGAAAUAAUAAUUUAAGUGUUGCCUAUGAUAUGCUCGAAGAGUUAUUGAAAAGCAAGUAUCUGAUUUAAAUGUAUAAUUGCCAAUAGAAAAAGCAUCAAAAAACUUUAAUUUAAGAAAUUGAAAAAGAAUUCCAACAAAAUGAUUUAUUAAUGUCAUUAAAACAAGAACAAUAAGUUAUUAUAGAAAAAUAAGAAAAUUGUAAGAAUGAGUCACGAUAUUCUCGCAAAACAAGCGGAAUUGUAACAAGAAAUUAUUUAAGAAAAAUAUGA